AUGGAGGGCGUUGCUGUGAGUGGAGCCACUAGCUCCAGCAAAUACGCGGCCAAGUUGGUGACUGGCUGUGGAGGGUCGCCGUCGAGCGAGGUGCGACGCAUGAUCAGCGAAGCAAAGCUUGACAACGAGACGCUUCUCACGGUCGUUAAGAAGCUGGAGGAGCAGGUGUCGCUCCUGCGUGUACAGCUUGAAACGGCGGCCGAGCAGGCUCGGCAGGACCUGCGUGAGGCGCGUCUCGAGGCGCGACAACGGGAGGAGCGGCUGAUUGCCGAUAACCUGCAGCUGCGGGAAGAGCUGCGAAAGGAGCGGGAGCUGCUCACGACGCUGGUGGCGCAGUCCAUCGGCCAUAACCAGCCUCUGCAGCAACAGCAAGGUGUGGCCAGUACGUCUGGUGCGCAACGUGGAGGUCAGGCGCAACAGCGUCAACGGAAAAUAAAGCUGGAUGCUAUCGAGAUUGCACCAGCGGAGGGCCAGAGCUGGGACGAGGUGUACCAGCUGGUACGAGCAGCUCCUGAGUUACAGCGUUUCAACAGCCAGCUGGGGGUCGGACGUCGGACCAUGCGUUCGCGGCUGGUAAUGGACGUGGAGAAGGGAGCCGAUACGGCUGCGAUCCUGAAAUGCGUGCAGGAGGUGUGCGCUCGGGGAGACCAGCCAGCUGCCGCCAGACUGGUGACACCAAUGGUGGAGGUCCGGGUCGACGCUAUUGACCCUUUAGCGAAGGAGCAGGACGUGGCGCUGGCUCUAGCCAGCCUUGCACAGUCGCAGGUGGAGGAGUCUGCCGUGCAGCUGCGAAAAGCCUGGAACGGAACGAAGGUGGCGUUCGUUCGCGUUCCGGAGAAGGCGGCGGAGCAGUUGAAGGACCGACAUGUACUGAUAAACUCCAGCAAAUACGCGGCCAAGUUGGUGACUGGCUGUGGAGGGUCGCCGUCGAGCGAGGUGCGACGCAUGAUCAGCGAAGCAAAGCUUGACAACGAGACGCUUCUCACGGUCGUUAAGAAGCUGGAGGAGCAGGUGUCGCUCCUGCGUGUACAGCUUGAAACGGCGGCCGAGCAGGCUCGGCAGGACCUGCGUGAGGCGCGUCUCGAGGCGCGACAACGGGAGGAGCGGCUGAUUGCCGAUAACCUGCAGCUGCGGGAAGAGCUGCGAAAGGAGCGGGAGCUGCUCACGACGCUGGUGGCGCAGUCCAUCGGCCAUAACCAGCCUCUGCAGCAACAGCAAGGUGUGGCCAGUACGUCUGGUGCGCAACGUGGAGGUCAGGCGCAACAGCGUCAACGGAAAAUAAAGCUGGAUGCUAUCGAGAUUGCACCAGCGGAGGGCCAGAGCUGGGACGAGGUGUACCAGCUGGUACGAGCAGCUCCUGAGUUACAGCGUUUCAACAGCCAGCUGGGGGUCGGACGUCGGACCAUGCGUUCGCGGCUGGUAAUGGACGUGGAGAAGGGAGCCGAUACGGCUGCGAUCCUGAAAUGCGUGCAGGAGGUGUGCGCUCGGGGAGACCAGCCAGCUGCCGCCAGACUGGUGACACCAAUGGUGGAGGUCCGGGUCGACGCUAUUGACCCUUUAGCGAAGGAGCAGGACGUGGCGCUGGCUCUAGCCAGCCUUGCACAGUCGCAGGUGGAGGAGUCUGCCGUGCAGCUGCGAAAAGCCUGGAACGGAACGAAGGUGGCGUUCGUUCGCGUUCCGGAGAAGGCGGCGGAGCAGUUGAAGGACCGACAUUCGGUGAACCCGGACAUGGUCGAACUGCGAAAGGUGCUCGGGGAAAUGUCCCUCGCCAAUGAGCAGCUUCGGGCCAUGGUGAAGGAGCUGCAGCAAGAGCUGGUGAUGCUGCGACAGCGUACCGUGGCCAACGAAGAUAUGGCCCGGGAGGAGCGGAAGCUGGCCCGCGAAGAAUUUAAGCUGGCGCAAGAGAAAUUCCACCAGGAGCUGCAGUGGAAUAAGGACCAGGCCCGCCAGUGGUAUGAAGAGACGCAGCGUCUCAGAGGCGAGCUGGCAAAGGAGACUGCGUGCCACCAGGAGUUGCUGGCACAGAUGCUUGGUUGCGGCGGUAACCAAGUGACAUCGCAGAGCUCCCUGCAGCAACCGCAACAGCAGCAACAACAACAGCAGCAGCAGCGGAUGACGUAUGCUAACGUGGCGGCCGAGACAUCCGGCACGCAGGCUUCCCAGGGCGGUUCUUGGACGGUGGUGGGGCCUCGUAAAGCACCGCAGAAGUCGCAGCAGCAACAACAACAGCAGCAGCUGGCCAAGCCGCGACCACAAUCUGCGGCGGCGAAGCAUUCG